AUGGCAGAAAACGAUAAGUCUGAUGCUCGUCGAACAUAUUUGCUGCGAGUAGCCAGUCAUAUUUUGGGAUUAAACAUAACCGAAGAAAAGCUGAAGCAGACGAACGCUCUGGACAGUUUUUGUGAUACAAACAAGACGCUGCUUGUCAUAAGCCGAAUGCAGAAAACAGUCGAGUUGACAAAUGAACUUCGAACGGAUUCCUCUCCAACAGCCAGGGUUGUGUUUUACAAAAAUCAACCAACUGUUCUAACAUCGGAAAAUGUGAAAACGAUCGUGAGCAUUGUUACAAUGAAUGCUUCACCAAAUGAAGUUCUUCUCAAAACUAUUCAGAACGUAUACAGUCAAAACUUUGGAAAUACCACUCCCAGAAGUAAGCAACUUGUUAAUGUUGUGAAUGAAUUGGAAGAAAGUUUAUUGGCAACUGUUUCAAACAACAACUCACAAGAUAAAGGUAUUUCAUCUUUAUCAAAUGAAAUUCGAUAUUGGAAAACGCAAAAGGGAUCAACAGCCCAGCAAUACAAUGAAUCAUUCGCUCCUCUGAGUGACAUCAUGGAAACAAUGGCUACAAGAUCUUUGGAUGAUUCUUUCAUAUUAGUUGAAACAUUCGAAGAUGUUUGUGAUUCGUUAUGGGAGUCUCAGCCAUCAUAUGGUGAACAGAAAAUGAAAAGUUUGAUCAUUGCUAUGAGUAUCUAUCUAUGCGAUCAAAUAACCUUGAAAAUUGAUGAAAGUCAAAUUUGGAAAGCUGAUGAUGUUCCAGAAAAUAUUGGAAUCGGUAAAAAAGACAAAAAACUCAAGUGUAAUCAUAGAGAAUGUAAACAUUUAGCUAUAAGCCUUUGUGAACAGUGGGAUUUGAGCGUUCGAUUGUUCACUGGACAAACGUGGAAACGGCAAAUGGAAGACCCUUGGAAAGGGGAACAACUUGACAUGAAAUAUUUAAUUGGAUUUAAGAAACGUUUAGAAGAUAUAUUGAGUCUUCGCGAGCUAACUCCUCAAAUAACUGCCCUUAUUAAUGAUAGAGGCGUGGAAAAAGAGAUUGAUAUGAUUUUGGAAACAGCAAUGAAGGGUGUAUCAGCCUUGGCAUACAACCCUUACACAGAAGACAACUGGAAAUCCCGAUUGGCUACUACAGAGAGAGCAUUAGAGCCCAUUAUCGAUCGAGUGAUACCGAUACUCAAGUCACGAUUGGAUCCAAACAAACUGGACAACACUAAGAUGACUGCCGAUUUGGAGAGGUACAGAAACUUUUUGAGUAGGCCGUCAAUCAAAUUAAAACUAGCUUUCGAACGCGAAGCUCUGCUUGGUCGCUUAUCAGCUAUGUUAUCAUCCAAAGAAAGGGAAAUUAAUGAUAAAUUGGCGAACAUAGAUCUAAAAUCACAUGCAUAUUUAACGGAAGUAGCCUCCAAAAUAGUUUGGAUAAGACAACAGCUGACUCAGAUAAGCAAUGUGAAAACAUUGGCUAUGACAAUACUCGACGACUUGAAAGAUUAUGACCAGCUAAUAAAGUCUUUGACAUCGUUUCAAGAGCGGAUGACAGUUGCUGAACAAGAAAACUACGACACAUGGUGUCGAGAAACAAUCCAGUCAAUCGAAGAUUCUGGAGAUUCAAUUGCAUUAGAAACGAAAGGGCAAAUAAUGAUGCUCGAACAUAAGAAGGGAACAUUGUAUGUAAACUAUAGCGAUAGAUUACUGAAGUUGUUGAAAGAGGUUAGACAACUCGCCAGUCUUGGUUUGAUGAUUCCAAGUAAAAUUAUAAACUGUGCUAACCAGGGUGAAAAGUUCUAUAGAUAUGGAGUAACAUUAAAACAAAUUGCUCAUUUUUAUAAUACUAUUGACAAGCAAAUGCUGAAAUGCCAACAGGCCUUGAUGUUAGAUGAAGCAAUUGCUUUCGAAAAGUUGGUCAUCUCUAAGAAAAACGAAGAGUCUGAAAUGGGCCGUGUCACCUGGGAGAACCCUUCUCAGUUGGAACAGUUUAUUGUCAAACUUCAGGCAGCUUGUAACAAAUUAUCUGAACAUAACAGACGAUUGAGAAACAAGCAUGCUGAAAUCGUUCAAAUGGUUGCAAACUUGUCAGCAGUCGACUUAUUCAAAGAUGUCGAUAGAUGGAAAGAAAUUCUCACACAAAUUCGUAGUAAAAUUUUUGAAGAAGAGUUGGUCCACAGAGCAUCGAAAGCGAAUAUGAAUCCAUGGAUCAUUCACUGGGAUCGACAAUUAUAUAAAGCUUUGCAACUCCAGUAUCAAUGGGGAAUUGAAAGCUUGCAUACCCAAAUCCAGCCUAUACAUACCCAAUUAGUUUUUGUGCAACAGGAGCUGCAACUUCGACCACCGAUCGAAGAAAUACGGAUGAAGUAUUAUAAGGAGGUGCGCAAAUUUCUCGGGAUCCCAGAAAAGUUCAAAGGAAUACAAGAGAGUGAAAACAGUACGAGACUUUAUGCACCUAUGGCUGAAAGAAACGCCGGAAAAAUGUCAGCAAUUUUUGAGAAAGCAGAACAAGUCAUUAAUAAAGUUGAAGACGUCCCCAAACCAUUCGCGGACUGGCUUAUCCUAGCUCAGGUCGAUUUGGAAGAACUAAUUGCAGAGAAAUUCACAAAGGCUAGUGAUUGGGAAAGCCAAUUGAAACUGCUCAAAACUAAGGGACGUGAAGUUGAAGGUUUACCGAAAGAAUGUCGUGUUGAUUGCAUUGUUGUGAGCACGGUCGGAGCUAAAAAUGCAAUUGAAGAUUUACUACAGAGAUUGUUUGAGACAUUGACGUGGACUCUCCGUUUAUCAAUUACUUCCAACUUACAAGGAAUUCAACAAUUUUUGAGUCAAGCAAUAACCACACUGAGCUCGCGUCCUCAAUCAAUUGAUGAAGUUGCAGAAGCCAAUCAAAAACAUACAGAGUUCAGUAAAACGAACAAAGAAUUGAAAGCGUUAUGGUCUACAUUGGAGGAACAGCAUACUUUACUACGAUCUACUGCUGGUAGCGGCGUUGAUCAAAUGACUUCUUUACAGAAUGAUUGGGAAAAGUUUGAAGUUAUGUUGGACUCACAUCAGAUGAUGAUCAAAGAUCAAGUACAAGUUUUGAAACAGAACGUCGAUCAACGUGUACAAGCUCUCAAUUUGGAAGUUGAACGAUUCAAAGCUAAGUGGGACCAAUUCAAACCUAAAAGUGAAACCUUGCAAGGGGAGAGAGCGGCCAUGCUAACAGCUAUAGAAUUCAUCAAAGAGCGUCGUGUUAUGUUUGAUGAGCUUAUAGCUCAGAAAGAGAAACUAGAAAAAGAGUGCGAUCAGUUCGAUGUUCCCAAACCCAACUUUCCCGGAAUAGAUCAGCUUUCCGCUGAUAUACUCGAUUACGAGAACAAUUGGGUGAUCUAUGAGCAGUUCAACACGGAACUGGAUCAGUUAGCUAGUGAGGAAUGGAUAGUAUUCAGAAGUAAAACAUAUUUGUUCGAUGAGUUUCUUCAAAAAUGGUUGGAUAAGUUGAAAUCUGGUCAGCAGUCUCACAUGGGAAUCCGAAUCGUAAAAGACAUCGAUUCUUUCAGGGAGUUCUCAGGCUGUUUGAAAUUUUGUCGGGGCGAAAUGCUUAGUACCGAUCACUGGCUCGAACUGUUCCGAUUAGUUCAUUUACCAAGGGGAACAACUUUCGAAAAGUUAAAAUUCAGUGAUUUAAUAUCUGUCUCUGAGCAUAUAAUUGCUAAUGUUGAUCAACUAAAAGCUUUAAAUGCCAGAGCUCAAGGUGAAGUAGCUAUCAGAGAAGCCAUACAAGAACUUGAAAUGUGGUCAGCUCAGACUGAAUUUACUUUGACAGAUUAUAAACGGUCUAAUGGAUCACAAAUGAAAGUAAUCAAAGACUGGAAAGAGGCCAUAAAUUCGGUGAAAGAUAGCCAGGCUCUUUUACAAUCUCUCAAGAGCUCUCCUUUCUACUCUCAGUUCACGGAUAAAACUUCUAUUUGGGAAACAAGACUCUCGGAUCUCGAUAUAUUUCUUUCUCAAAUGAAUGAAGUUCAGAGAAAGUGGAUUCAUUUGGAACCAAUAUUUGGUCGUGGAGCUUUGCCUGCUGAAGCUGGAAGAUUUUCUCGUGUGGAUGGAGAGUAUAGAGGCAUACUCAAUGAUGUAGUUCGGGACACUCGAUUAGUUGGUCUUUGUAGUCGACAGGGUUUGAAAAAAACAUUGGAGCAAUUGGUUGAUCAGCUUGCCCGAUGCCAGAAAGCUUUGAAUCAGUUCUUAGAAGAAAAAAGAUCAGCUUUUCCUCGCUUUUAUUUCCUUGGUGAUGAUGACUUAUUGGAGAUUUUGGGACAAUCUACCAACCCUACUGUAAUACAAUCUCAUCUCAAAAAGCUUUUCCAAGGUAUUGAUAAGGUUAUUUUUGGCUCAAACAGUGAAGUCAUUAAUACGAUUGUCUCCUCUGAUGGCGAGCAUGUUGAACUUCGAACACCUGUGAGAAUUGUUCCACAAGUAGAAAUCUGGUUGCAACAACUUUCUGAUGAAAUGAGACAGACGUUGCAGUCCCUAACUGUUCAGGCUGUAAGAGAUUCCACAUUGGAUCCUGGGCAAUACCCCUCUCAAGUUCUCUGCUUAGCUGAGUCCAUACGGUUCUGUUCGAACGUUGAGAAAGUCCUAGAAACCACGAAAGAUCUAUCUUCUUUGAGAAAAGCCAUGCAGACACAAUUGGAAGGCUAUACAAGUACAAAAGUUGCCAAUAAGGUGUUAGAAUUGAAGCUCAAAUCCUUGAUUUUGGACUUGAUUCAUAAUAUUGACGUCGUAGAUCAGUUGAUAACGUUACAGUCUAAUGAUAUAAAUUCUUGGACAUGGCAAAGACAAUUGAGAUUUUAUAUGGUGAAUGAGAAAGUUGUGAUGAAACAAGUUAAUAGUGAAUUCGAUUAUACUUAUGAGUAUCAGGGGAACGCAUCCAAGUUGGUACACACUCAUUUAACAGAUAAAUGCUACCUAACUUUAACCCAAGCUAUGCAUAUGGGUCUUGGAGGAAACCCAUACGGUCCAGCGGGAACUGGCAAAACAGAAUCAGUCAAAGCCCUUGGAUCACUAUUUGGUAGACAAGUUUUGGUAUUCAACUGCGACGAAGGAAUUGAUGUUCACUCUAUGGGACGAAUUUUCAUUGGCAUAGUAGAAUGUGGCGCCUGGGGCUGUUUUGAUGAGUUCAACCGAUUAGACUCGACAGUGCUGUCCGCUGUGUCUAUGCAAAUUCAAGUCAUACAAGAUGCUAUCAAAUCAAGAACAUCUAAGUGCACUUUGAAUAACAAAACUAUUGAUGUUAACCCCAAUUCUGCUAUUUUUAUUACUUUAAAUCCUGCUGGUAAAGGAUAUGGAGGUAGACAGAAAAUGCCUGAUAACCUGAAACAAUUAUUCCGACCUGUUGUGAUGUCUGUUCCCGACAAUGAAAUAAUCACAGAAACAAUAUUAUAUAGUGAAGGGUUUAAAGAAGCAAAAGCGUUGUCUAAGAAAGUAGUUACAUGUUUCCGUUUGAGUCGAGAGAUGCUGUCAUCCCAACAACAUUAUGACUGGGGUUUGAGAGCAUUGAAAACAGUCUUACGAGGAUGUGGCCAGCUCAGGAGCAUGAGUCCCGACAAACGAGAAACUGACAUUGUUGUUCAGGCUUUAUUACUCAAUACGCUAUCAAAGUUGACAUUCGCUGACUCAAAAAGAUUCACCGUUUUGAUAGAUGAUAUUUUCUCUGAUGCUGAUAAGGAAAUGGCUAAAUUUGGGGACUUGAUCGACCCCCUGGAUAGGGCUUCAAAAGAAAUGAAGAUUGACCUAUCGGAUAAACAGCUCCAAAAAGUUUUCCAACUCUAUGAACAGCUUCGUCAGCGAAUUGGUGUGGUAGUCGUGGGGCCUCCAUGCUCUGGCAAAUCAACAAUCUGGAAGAUACUUCAUAAAGCUCUACUUAUUUUGGGAAAAUCUUCUAUAAAAGUUCUGUCUUUCAAUCCUAAAGCUGUAUCAAGGACUAAGCUUCUGGGUCAUAUGGAUAUGGAUUCAAGAGAAUGGUCAGAUGGUAUUUUAACUAUGGCAGCAAGAGAGGUAAUCCGUGAUACUACUACUCACACGUGGAUUGUUUGUGAUGGAGACAUUGAUCCUGAAUGGGUAGAAGCUCUGAACUCUGUACUUGACGAUAAUAAACUGCUAACAAUGCCAUCUGGGGAGCGUAUACAGUUUGGCUCAAACGUCAACUUUUUAUUCGAAACUAAUUCUUUACAACACGCUUCGCCCGCAACUGUAUCUCGAAUGGGAAUGAUUUUCAUUAGCGAGGAAGAUCUCAGUGAAACUGACGUUAUCAAGAAAUGGCUCAAAUCGAGUGAAGAAGAUGAUCGCACAAAUUUGGAAAACUGGAUUGAAAAACAUUUUCAAAGAGCGUUCAGUUGGGUGGAGAAGCAACGUUAUGCCAUCCCUAAUAUGACCAGGAUAGCUGCUGUUCAAAAUGGUUUGAGCCAGUUGAGAAACUCUAAAAGUGAAGCUCAGUUUCUGGAAAGGCUGUUUAGAGGAUUCUGUCCUUUAGUCUCUGAAGAUAAACAGAGGAUAUUCGCAUCAGAUAUUGUCUUCCAAGGAUACAGUUUACCAGAUAUGGAAAACCCAUUGAACAACUAUGUUGAUACGAAGUCAGAUACGAUUAUGCCAUUUCUUGAUGAUAUGGGCUCUUUGGUGAUUCGGUUAGAUGAUUUGAAAAAGGAUUCAGGACGUCCCUACAUUCUAACAGCUUCGGCACAAUCAUCAAUUCAUACAUUAUCAACAUGGCUCGAUGAUGGUAAUCGUCAAUCUUUCGUUGUUCGCGGCCCAGAUGGUUGCGGCAAAGAAGAACUUCUGCGUUAUUGCUUCGAUCAGGAUGGUCAAAGCCAGUUGGGGAUCAUUCAUUGUAGCGCUCAGAGCAACGCUUUGACUGUACUACAGGCUUUGCAUCAACAUUGUGUUCAAACAAGUUCAGCAAGUGGGAGAGUAUUGAAACCGAAAGAGAAAGCAAAUCUCAUCCUUUUUUUCAAAAAUUUCAACUUGCCAGCACCUGACAAAUAUGGGACAAAUGAAAUGCUAGCCUUUCUACAGCAAAUUCUAACCUACCAAGGUUUUUAUGAUGAUCAUUUGGAAUGGAUUGGUUUAGAGAAUAUUCAGAUUGUGGCUUCAAUGUCACCAAACUCAUCCUCUGCUGACUUACCUGCUAGACUUCUAUCUCUGCUUCGUUUGUAUUCAAUAGAUUAUCCUUCGAAUAAUAAUCUGUUGUCAAUCUAUACAGCUUACUUGACACCUAUACUUGAAGGACCUUUGCAAUCUGCUGCUCGAGUUGAAACAGUGGCUAACAGUAUGGUCCAAAUAUAUGAAGAGAUUCGUUCACAUUUCCGAAUAUCUGAUAGAAAUCAUUAUGUGUUUUCACCUAGAGAUUUAACAAAAUGGACAUUGGCGCUAAUGAGAUAUGAACUGAAUGAUUCGGAUUCUGUCACAAAUGCGUUAGCUUACGAGUGUCAGAGAAUUUUCAUGGAUAGGCUGGUGAGCGAAGAGCAGAAGUCAGAGUUUCUUAACAUCAUGUCAAAUACUUUGUCAAAGUCUUCGUCUAAUUCAGAUAUUUUCUACGUAACCAAUUCAACAGUUGUACCUUCUUCUCACUCAGCUGGCAUACCAUUGGUUCCAACUUCAAAAAGUAACUUCGAAGCUCAGAUUAAAAAAGCUGUUAAUCGAUUCGAAUUCGAAGUAGCUAACUUCAACACUGCUCUCACAAAUGAGUUCUGUGAAUUGGCCAGUAAAGUGGACAGAGUGUUGACCUCUGCAGGAGGAAGCUUAUUAAUGGCUGGAAGAUCUGGAUUUGGAAGAAGAGAUGUGGUUUUGUUGAUAGCAAAUAUGCACCAGAUGCAAGUGUUCUCUCCGAAAAUCUCAUCUACAUAUAGCAAAAAACAUUUCGAUAACGAACUCAAAGCUAUGAUCAGUACUGUAAUAACAUCUGGAGAGCACGUUGUCUUUCUGCUCGAAGAUUAUCAAAUACUCAGUUCUUCUUUUCUACAAGCAGUUAAUUCAUUGCUCUCAAGUGGAGACGUUCCUGGAUUGUUUCAACAGACUGAGCUCGAUUCUCUUACUGCCUCUAUCAGAGAUCAUGCAAGUCAAGAAGGUUAUCACGGUCAUUUGCAUAACUUCCUUUUUCAUAGAGUUCGGUCACUUGUUCAUGUAGCUCUCAUAAUGGACACAAGUAGUUCUGAUUUUGAUACGCACACUGCUGCAAAUCCUUCCAUUUUCAAACAGUGCAACAUUAUCUGGAAUGACCAGUUUUCUAGAAGUGCAUUGACACAGAUGCCUCGGCUCUUAUUCGAAAAAGAGAAGGUUGAAAUAUCAGAAGGAACUACUGAAUCUUUCAAAGAAAUAUUAGAAUUCCUACCUAAAAGCCUCGUUUCACCUCUCAAGUACCGGCUUUUCAUUCAGAACUACAUGAGCAUCUAUAGUGGGAAGAAGAAUGGUAUUAAAACUCGACUGGAUCGUUUACAAGCUGGUGUUUCCAAACUCACAGCAGCAAAAGAAGAAGUUGCCAAGUUACAAAAAAAAGCAGCUAAAAAAAGUAAAUUAUUAGUUGAGAAACAAGCUGAAGCAGAUGAAGCAUUAUCUGCCAUAACCAGAAGCAUGACGGGCGCUGAAGACCAAAAAAUGUCAAUGGAGCAACUACGAGAAGCGACAGAGAAAGAGAACGAAAAAAUUGAAGCCCAGAAGAAAAUUAUUGAUGAACAGUUAAAAGAUGUAGAACCAGUGAUCCAAGCAGCCAGAGAAGCUGUCGGCUCGAUUAAACCAGAAUCAUUAAGCGAAAUUCGCUCCCUUCGUGCUCCGCCUGAAGCGAUUCGUGACAUUCUACAAGCCGUGUUGUUGUUCAUGGGAAUAUUGGACACAUCUUGGGAGGCUAUGAGAAAGUUUUUAUCGAAAAGUGGUGUGAAGGAUGAAAUCAUAAACUUCGAUGCUCAUCGCAUAUCUAAAGAUGUUCGCAAGAAAGUUCAAUCUCUAGUUCAAUCGAAGCAGUCUAGUUUUGACCCUAAGAAUGCGAAGCGCGCCUCAGUGGCUGCUGCUCCUCUUGCAGCCUGGGUCAUGGCCAAUUUAGAGUACUCGGCUAUUUUAGAGAAAAUAUCUCCUCUCGAGCAGGAGAAAAAUGCUCUUGUGAAGAAUCUAUCAAAAGCAGAGAAACAAAUAGAAAAACUAUCAAAAGGAUUGUUAACUGUAGAUGAAAAAGUCUCAGACUUGAAGUCGAAAUUCGAAGUUUUGAUGAAAGAAGCUACUCAGAUAAAAAUUGAUGUUGAAAAAGAAGAGGCUACUAUUGCUGUUGCUGGAACGUUGGUUGAUCGACUCGGAGGAGAAUUCGAGCGUUGGCAAGAACAAUUGAAAAUACUGGCAUUUGAGAUUGAACAAGUUGAAAGAUGCUCACUCAUAUCUUCGGUUCUCGUUACUUUCCUGGGAGAGUCGUCAGAACGUAUACGCCAAGAAGUUCUAGCAAAAAUCAAAGCUUUUUUGCAUCUGGAAAACUUUAACCCUGUUGAGUUCUCGUCUUCUGAAACAGAACAGUUAAAUUGGAAAAAUCAUGGCCUACCAGCUGAUAAUCUUUCAAUCGAAAACGCAAUUGUAAUGUUUAACGGAGAUCAAGUACCAUUGAUAAUGGAUCCUACUGGUCGUAUUGCUGAAUUCCUCCAUAAAUUCCUAGAGAAAUCUGAAAUGUUGAAAGCUGUGCAGAACGAUUUUUUCACUCAGGUCGAAUUAGGACUGAGAUUUGGAAAAACUCUAGUAGUUGACGAUGUUAAUAGUAUUGAUCCAUGUCUGGUCCCUAUUCUACGUAAGGAUUUAUCAUCCCAAGGCCCUAGAAUGGUUAUCAAUUUUGGUGAUAAACAAAUCGAUUAUAACCCUGAUUUUGCUAUAUUUUUGUGCACCAAAAAUGAGCACAUAUCCAUUCCGUCAGGUAUCAAAGACUUAUUGGAAAUUGUCAACUUCACAACUACUAAAAGUGGACUCACAUCUCAGUUGUUGGGUACUGCGAUUCAUAUAGAAAAACCAGAACUGGAAGGUAAAAGUAGAGAGUUGGCCCGUGAUUCUGAAACUAAGAAAGUUGAACUAGAUAAACUUGAACAGCUCUUAUUACAAGAACUGGCUGCUUCGGAAGGAAACAUACUCGAUAAUACAGUGCUAUUAGAAUCUUUAAACCGUUCUAAAGAGAAUGCAGAAACCAUUAGUAAAAGUAUUGAAGAAAGUGAGAAGUUGCGAUCGCAGUUACAGCAGGAAAGAGAAGCCUAUCUACCUCUGGCUGAAUUUGCUAGUUCGCUGUAUUUCGCUUUCAGCGAGUUACAUUUGCACAAUAAGAUGUACGAUUUCAACGUUAAUACUAUCACGAAUUUGUUUGUUAAGACUAUCAGAACUGCUACGGAUUCUUCUUCAACGCGUCUUGACUCUUUACGUCGUGCAUUGCAGUUACGAGUAUUUUAUUAUAUAUCAAGAGCAUUGUUUAAAACUGAUCGUCUGAUGUUCGCUUUCAAUUUUGUCGUGAGUACAAUGUCAAAACUGUUCCAAAAAAAUGAGAUGGACUUUUUUAUCGGUAUGCUUAUGGAUGGUGAUAGAGAACCGGACGGUUCCAUCAAAAGUCUCACUUGGAUCGAUGAAUCCCGCCAUGCAAUGUUAUCUAAACUUCAAGCACAACUACCGACGCUUUUCAAUACACUACAACUUCAUGAUCAAGGUACUUGGAGUGAGUUCUCCAGAACAGUAGAAUGCGAAACAGCAGUUCCAUCUUUUAUUGACUCCAAGAUAACACCAUUUCAGAAGGUUCUACUCAUUCAAGCGAUUCGUCCAGAACGGUUGUAUUCCGCUAUUUUGAGCUUUGUCACCAAAUCUUUAGCAAUACCAUCCAUCAAUCCUCCCGCGUUCAGUUUGGAAGAGAUUCAUGGUGAGAGUACGGCCAAGGAACCAAUAUUAUUAAUCUUGUCAUCUGGUGCUGAUCCAUCUCAGGAGUUAGAGGAAUUAGCAAAGAAAGUAGUUGGAGCAGAAAUGUUUGAAUCAAUCUCCAUGGGACAAGGUCAAGAAAUGAUAGCUGUAACAGCCUUACGGAAAGCAAUGAGGGAAGGAGGCUGGGUUUGCUUAAAUAACGUUCAUCUUAUGUUAUCAAUUGUCCCACUCAUACAUAAGGAAAUUGGACAAAGUGAAUCUCAUGAGUCCUUCAGACUAUGGUUAACAUCAGAAGCUGAUGAAAGAUUCCCCGCUAUACUUUUGCAAAGCAGUUUAAAGAUAACUUUUGAACCUCCACCAGGUUUGAAAAACAAUCUCAUACGAACUUAUAAACAAAUUGAUGAGAGGAAACGUUCUGCUUUAACUUGUCAAUCAAUCUUUGUUCUCGCUUGGCUUCACGCUCUUCUACAGGAACGCAGAACAUUCAUUCCUCAAGCUUGGAGUAAGUUCUAUGAGUUUUCAAAUGCCGAUGUGCGGAUAGCAAGAUGGAUGAUUGAACAGUUGACCGAAGAUAGAAAGCCUGAUUGGGAUUUUAUCAAAGGUUUACUACUGUUUGUGGUAUACGGAGGUCGUAUAGAAAACGUCUUUGACAGCUUCAUACUGGAGUCAUAUCUGAAAAAACUGUUCAAUGAGAAUGUUAUUACUGGAAGUGAAGGGCAAACGGUUGCUAACAACAUAAGAAUUCUGAGCAGCAAUAAAGUUGAAGAAUAUUUGGAUUACAUACAAAAAGAUGUUCCUAACGAAGACAACCCCAAUCUAUUUGGUUUACCCCCCAACAUAAGAGUGUCCUGGGAACUGACAGAGGCUGAGGAAACAAUAUCUAAACUCAGAUUUUCAGCUUCCGCUAACAAUACGAAAAACGAUAGAUCUGAUUGGAAUGAAAUAACAUCCCCUGUAUUGAACCUAUGGAAGAGGCUUUGUCAAGGAUCAGAUAUACAUACUAAGCAGAUACCGAACGCCAUCGAAUCCGGUGAUCCUCUUGUUGAAGUAAUGUCCAUAGAGUACGCUCAUGCCAUCCAAGUUGUUCAAAGUAUUCAUAUAAGCUUGUCAAAAGUUAGCAAAGCAAUCCGUGGAGUAGAAGCGGCAGACUCGUCAACCUUGAAAACAAUCGAAUCACUUAGAUUACAAUCCGUACCUCAAAAUUGGGAAAACGUUUGGAUUGGCCCCGUGAACCCUGCCGAAUAUCUUACGUCUCUUAUUUUCAAAGCAAAAGCUACAGAAGAACUUUUGACUCUCACGAAGCAAGGAGAACUGUUGAGCAAACCGGUCAAUAUGUCCAAGCUAUUACGUCCUGGUGUGUUACUGAAUGCUUUGAGACAAGUAACAGCCAGGAAGAAAAAAUGUACCAUGGAUUUGCUAACUUUGGUAUGCAUUUGGAAUCAGAGCAAUCUGUCUAAUGAAAUAUGCAUCACACUGAAGGUAUCAUUCUAA